AUGAUUGAGACUCAGCUGUCCAAGGUCUAUGAGAAGAUUGAUCUGACCUUGCUCAACCGUCUUCUUCGUUUGAUCAUGGACCACAACUUGGCAGAUUACAUCUCGUCCAAGAACAACGUCCAGCUGAACUACAAGGACAUGAAUCACACCAACAGCUAUGGUAUGAUUCGUGGUCUCCAAUUCUCGGCUUUCGUCUUCCAAUACUAUGGUCUCGUAAUCGAUCUGUUGUUGCUCGGUCUGCAACGCGCCAGCGAGAUCGCGGGUCCACCGAAUGCGCCAAACGACUUCCUUCAAUUCAGAGACCGUGCUGCUGAAACUAGACAUCCUAUUCGUCUCUACACAAGAUACGUCGACAGAAUUUGGGUCUUCUUCCGUUUCAGCGCAGAUGAGUCUCGCGAUCUGAUCCAGCGCUUCUUGACUGAACAACCCGACCCGAACUUCGAGAACGUCAUUGGUUACAAGAACAAGAAGUGCUGGCCUCGUGAUUCUCGUAUGAGAUUGAUGCGUCACGAUGUCAAUCUGGGCAGAGCCGUCUUCUGGGACAUGAAGAACCGUCUGCCUAGAUCAGUUACCACUAUCGAGUGGGACGACACCUUUGCCUCUGUCUACAGCAGAGACAACCCUAACCUUCUCUUCUCCAUGUGCGGUUUCGAAGUUCGUAUCUUGCCGAAGAUGCGCAACCAGAACGAGGAGUUCCCCACCAAGGACAGUGUUUGGUCUCUUGUUGACAACUCCACCAAAGAGAGAACAGCCCACGCUUUCUUGCAGGUCACCGAAGAGGACAUUGCCAAGUUCAACAACCGCAUUCGACAAAUCUUGAUGUCUUCUGGGUCUACUACAUUCACGAAGAUUGCAAACAAGUGGAACACUGCGUUGAUUGCGCUUUUCACAUACUACCGUGAAGCUGCUGUCAGCACUGUCAACUUGCUGGAUACUAUCGUCAAGUGCGAAACCAAGAUCCAGACUCGUGUCAAAAUUGGACUAAAUUCGAAGAUGCCAAGUCGUUUCCCUCCUGCCGUGUUCUAUACACCCAAAGAACUCGGUGGUUUGGGUAUGAUUUCGGGUAGUCACAUUUUGAUUCCCGCCAGCGACAAGCGUUGGUCAAAGCAGACCGACACUGGUGUUACCCACUACCGUGCCGGUAUGUCUCAUGACGAAGAGACUCUGAUCCCCAACAUCUUCAGAUACAUCAUUCCUUGGGAGGCCGAGUUCGUCGACUCGCAGCGUGUCUGGACCGAGUAUUCACAAAAGCGUCUCGAGGCCCAACAACAGAACCGCCGUCUGACUCUGGAGGAUCUUGAGGACAGCUGGGACCGUGGUCUGCCUCGUAUCAACACACUUUUCCAGAAGGACAGAAGUACACUCAGUUUCGACAAGGGUUUCAGAGCUCGUACUGAGUUCAAGAUCUACCAGCAGAUGAAGAGCAAUCCCUUCUGGUGGACAUCUCAGCGUCACGAUGGUAAGCUGUGGAACCUUAACGCAUACAGAACCGAUGUUAUCCAGGCUCUUGGUGGUGUUGAGACCAUUCUCGAGCACACAUUAUUCAAGGCAACCGCUUUCCCCUCAUGGGAGGGUCUCUUCUGGGAGAGAGCCUCGGGUUUCGAAGAAUCGAUGAAAUUCAAGAAGUUGACCAACGCCCAAAGAUCGGGUCUGAACCAAAUUCCCAACCGUCGCUUCACCUUGUGGUGGUCACCAACAGUAAGUACUAUCCCUAUCUACCUUGAGCCCCCUUCUCUCCACAGCCUGAUUCGCUUUUCAAUGCCCUAUCGAAACGCACAAGUUCUUCUCACUCAGGCGUGCAUGCACUGA